UAAGUAGAAAACGCAGUAGUAGUGCUAGUAGCUGCCUGUUCUCCUCUCACCCAACCCACGUUGGCCUUCGAGGCUUCUUCACACCGGACGGACGGCGACUGCCUAGCUGCCGAGAGCUCGGAGAAUUCUUACUGAUCAGAGCCACUUCCAGCCAGCAUCGAUCUGCUCCUUCGAUCUUGGUUGUUUGCUGCUCUGCGUCUUGGCUAAUGGAGGCGGCAUUGGUGCUGGUCGCGGCGGUGCUCCUCUCGUCCUCGGCCCUUGUUGCUUCAGAUUUCUGCGUGUGCCGGUCUGACCAGUCGACGGCGGCGCUGCAGAAGACGAUCGACUACUCGUGCGGGCAGGGCGCGGACUGCACGGAGAUCCAGCAGACCGGCGCCUGCUACAACCCCAACGACGUCGCCUCGCACUGCUCCUGGGCCGCCAACAGCUACUUCCAGAAGAACAGGGCCACCGGCGCCACCUGCGACUUCACCGGCGUCGCCACUCUCUCCUCCACCGACCCCAGUUUUUCAGGGUGUACGUUUCCUUCGAGUGCCAGUGCUGCUGGGACGACUACGGCAACCGGGACGACUACAGGCACCGGAACAAGCACCGGCACCGGCACCGGCACCGGAACCGGGACAAGUACGGGCACCUUCAGCCCUGGGAUGGGCACCGGGUUCAACGGCACCGGGACGAGUGCAGGCACCUUCAGCCCUGGUAUGGGGACUGGCAGCAUGGAUGGCACCGCGGCAGCGGCCGACUUGCUUCCGUCGAUCAAGCUAGCUGCCUCCAUUGCUGCCCUCCUCCUCUCCUUCUUGGCACUGUCCUGAAGUCCCUUCUCAGUCUCAUGGCAGGAGCAGCUUCACUAGUUUACUGGUCUGCUAGAAACAAGCUGACUUGCCGAAGGGAAUCCAUCCAUCUGGAGCAUGCAUGAUUGUUGUUAUUGUUGCCUACUGUCAUGGGUGGUCGAUGGGCUGGAGGGUAUUAUUUUGGUACCAAUUUAAUUUAUGGCCUCCUACAGGCUGGAGUGGUGGUGUAUGAUUCGGUAGGAUGACUGUCUCUUUCGCCUGCAAGGACUCUUGUCUUCCUUGUCCAUGUUGUAUAAUCGUUGGUACUGUUUCCUUUUUCUUAAUUCUAAUCAUUUUUCCUGUGAA